UCCCAACAACAAGGAGAAGCCUUGUGAGGCCGGAGAGGGGUGUAACAUCUGCGACAAAGAAAACGUCGUCUGAAGAGGUUGACCCAGCUGCAACUCGGAAAGCUAGCCAGCGAGCUGCCAGGAACCUGGUCACUAACGCUAAACGACAGAGCCUCGGGGCAGCGAAAAGGAGAAGCAUAACCCCUGCCAGAGCCCCACAUCAGCCUCAGACUGAUAGUGGCUCCAAAACUACCAGUACAACCAGGAAGGUUACACCAUCCAGUGGAAGGAGGUCACUUUUACCCCAGCCGCAACGACCAAAUCUGUCCAACUCUGUAUCAAGCACUCCACCUACAACAAGAAUCAAGGAAGGUUCAACCGACUCUUCCUCAUCGGAUAGAAAAGUAACGAGGGACAUCGCAACGCCACGCGAAGAAAAGUCGAAGGUCAAGAAGUCUGCUGCACCAGGGGGAAGUGCGUUAUCAAAAGGUCCCACACAGGUGUUGGGGAGCAAUGGAAAAGGUAAACAACAAGAGAUGUCCUCCACUCGUAAAGUUAGGAACGGGGCACCGGCCGGUACGAAGCAAGUGCUGAGAACCAAAGCAGACGAGAAAGCAAGGAGAAGAUCAGCACCUCCUGCUACAGGAACAAGACCCAGGGGACAGUCGGCUCUUGAGACAAGAGGUACUGUACAGAAACAGACUCAAAAACAAACAAGAGCCACAAAGGCAGACAGAGAGAGCAAGCAGGGCGCAAGUGACCUACUUUCUGGCAAUAGAAACUGUAAAACUGUAAAAGAAAGGCAAAGGGUUGGGAAAACAGGGAUUGUUUCAUCACAGAGUUCAUCAAAUGACUCAGUGAAUGACUCUAGUACUAUAAAAGGCAAUGAGGCUGUAGUGAAUGGUACAGAAGAAUUGGAAACAAAUGUUGUGACAGUAUGUACAGAAAGUGGGGCUCAGCCCGAGGGCAUUACUGUGGUUAAUUUAAUUACCACUCAUGCAGACAAUGGAGAAAGUAGCGGUCAAUUAAGCCCAAUUAGUGAUGACCCCCUGGCAAGUAAUAUUGUAAACGUGGACAACUCAAUAAAAGAGAGUUCACACGAGCUAUUGAAGGAACACAAUGCCGCAGAAUUGGCAGACAAAAGUCAGGAUGUUAGCUCUACCUGUGGGGAAACCAGGACUUUUGAUGCUCUGCAGUCUGUGACGAAAAAUGUCACUGGAUUAAAAGAACUGCCAGCGGUGGAUGUAAUUAUAACGGAAACUCUUCCCUUGAUCACAGACAAUUCAGAUCAUAACGAAGUUCAACAGGCUAGUUCAACGUUGGAAAGCUCCACUGCGAACACUUGCACCUUGACCUGGAAAAUGGAUCAUGAGGAAGAUCCGGAUGUUCCCAUGAAGCUUUCUGUCACCGUAGACGAUAAACUGGAUGGGGAAACAACAGACUCAAGUUCCCACGUAAGUGGAAUAAACACGGCUAAGGAGGUGGUAACCAGGCAGGAACAACAGUGGUCGAGUGGGAUCAGCGCAGGCACCACUAAAGGAGCCGACUCAGAAGAAACAAAGUUUGUCCAGCUGAAGAUACAAGAACGCAGCAAUGCAGUCAUCUAUGAAAUGCUAGAUGCAGGCCAAGGUGGUGAAAAAGGCAAAGGACAAGUUGAGAAUAUAAAGAAAGAGGAAGACAUUUCUCACAUAGAAGCAGAAACUGAGAGAGCCAACAGGGCAAGAACUCGGCCUCGGACAAUCCAAGCUCCAGAGAGUUUUACCUCCACGCUACAGGUUAAGCUGAAAAGUCAAAGGAAUGAAAAUAUGCAAGUUGACACUGAGGGACAAAGUGGCAGUAGUGCACAGGAUUUGACUCCUUACAGUUCUUCAUCAAAUAGUAUGCCGUUUAUGGAAGGGGAAAAUGACAAUGAACUUCAAGAAGAUGUCAGUCAGAGUUCUGACGCUGACCAGAGUAAAUAUUUGCGUACGGCCACGGCGAGUGGAAAAGGCCAAGUCACGUGCGCUGUCGUGGAACCGAGCAUGAGUGCCGAACCAGAUGACGCUGAUACCACGGGCCCCGAGGAAGUUGGUAAACAGUUGUCAGAGGAUACGAUAAGUGGCGUAGAUGAUUUACCAAGGUCAACACGACCUUGUGACAGGGACGACGUGCUUGACAGGUCCCUCGCAUCACGUGGUAUGAGGCGUGCACAUGGUACUUUGUCCCUCGACAAGUCCAAAGGACAAGUUGCCGACAUAUUUGACAGCCCAAACAACAUUACAACAGCUAUGGGCAUGGGGUGUUUAGACAACAUGCACUCUGAUUUAUCAUCAAAGGAUGGGUGUUACAGGCCUCAAAGGCUUAAAAAUGAUGAUAACGUUAAAACGACAGACGCCCAAAGUACCCCAGAGUUAGAAACUGUUGACCUAGCAAACACUCAAAAGUCUGAAACAAAGCCCGAACCCAAAGAUAUACCAGAAUUGUCAAAACCACUCGCAGACCAUGACAAAGAGCCGGAGGCUGAACAAAUACAAGAUGAAGACAGCGUCAAGGCUAAUUGCAAGACGUUUCUAUUUUCGGAGCUGCGCGGUCCCACAUACAACCUAAUAAAAGACCAGCCCCUUCAUUCCAGUUUACCCAACAUAAAUGGUCGUGAGGUGGAGGAGAAAUUAUCCAGUGCCAUGCCUUCCCACGUACCGAUGAGUUCUCCUUCGGUAAGAAGGCGCAAGUCGGUCUGCUUUGCGAGCUGCCCUGCUAGUCCUACCGCCGCGCCAAAGUUACGCCGGCGCCACAGCAGCUACAUCCACCCCUCCCUGAUGGGCCACCUGCAUCACCACUCGCUCUCGGCCGUAGACCGCCUCUAUCCGGACGGACAGCUGCGAAGGACGCUAUCCCUCUCCGGCGGUCACACACCGUCCGAACUGUCCUCCGGACAGACCACUCCGAGCACGAGAGGCAGCCACCCUGAGCUACACCUCAGCCCCCUGGUGAAAAGACUUCAAGAACUCUGCGAGGAAGCUGAGACAGAGGAAGGGAGAAGACUGCAGGAGCUCUGUCUGGAGUACAGGUGGGACGAGGGAAAGAGGCUGCACAAACUAUCGGAGGAGGUUGAAAAGGAAGAGGGAAACAUGUUGCAAGAGGAAGCACAUGAUCUAGAGGUGAGAAAUUUUCAGGCUCCCACGGGUGUGAAUGGUCAGCCGUCUGUGGAAGAUGACAGGAAGAAUGGGGAGCUACACACCGCAAACAGACCUGCCUCCGAGGACAAACGAUUAGGCAAAGGGGCGGUAACAGCCGAGGGACAGGCUAGGGGCAUUCACCCUGAUAACUCAUCGCUGCUUUUACCACUUCCGUUGACAUCAUCGUCACAGCUAGAGAGAAGCACCCGGCAGAACCACCACAACACCAGGAAAAUAGUCUCCACUUCAGACGUACAAAACUGUGUGAACACCAGACCGACAACGUUGACCAAAUCUGCUUCGGAGCCCGCAUUUGGAGUGGACGGUAAACAGCAGAAAUAUGUCAUCGAAAUUCACCUGUCCCCCACGCAAGAGGUGAUAGCAGCCGGCGAAGACCAGAAGUCGUUGACGGAAUCUGUUGAAGACGAAGGAGAGAGCGUCUUUUUCGAAGGAAACAGGCCAUCGGUGGUUAUAACUUCUCCUGAGAGAAGACAGAGGAAUCCAUUCACCAGAAGUCAGAGUUUGCCGGUAUCUCCCACGAUAAAUAUUGUCCCUUGCGGUGACAUGCACGACAAGUCGGACCUGUCCCCCAACAUGGCAAACGUAGAGGACACAGAAGAUGACUGGACCCGUGUAGUUCCAAGGGUCCUACAGCAAUCAGACAGCAUCGCAGUACCAGAGAGCAGUAGCGGUUCUUUUCGACGCUGGUCUCGUUCGCGUACCGAAAGCAUGUCGGAAGCCUUGAACGACGAAGGUAGGAUCGAGAUGGAAGACAAGGAGGAGUUACGAAGUCUUGACAUCGACAAGGACAGGGAGGUCAUUCACGACAUAGCCUACUUUCUCGAGACGCAAAACGAGAAACCAGUCACAAAUAGCUUGCCACGAGACUCCAUGCUUGCCGUUGCACCUAAUAAGAACUUGGAGGUGGAGUCUCAGAGUCAAAGUCUGCCAUCGUCGCCGAUGCCAACUCGAAGAGGAGGAAGACAUUCUCUCAGAAGUCUUCCAGUGUCCCCCCAUCCCGAGAAUCAACCUGAGAGAUCUCGAUCAAGCACCGAUUCCUUGGACGAACAACCAAGAACAAACUUGCUCACCACCCUUGUCCAACCAGAAAGGCCCGUCACUCCAAAACCUUACAAGAAACAGUCUACAUCUUCUCCUAACUCUUCCUCAAGUCAUCUUUCUGUGAAUAGCCCCCCACCCGCUCGACCUGUGACCCCUAAGCCUCAAGGCAGGCCGUCGUCUAGUUCUUUGCAAAGUUCAAGUCCAAAAUCAUCCUUGCUGGACAUUCCACAAGAAGACGCCGUAAUAAUAAGACCCAUAAGUCCGAAGUUUGCUACGAUUACAGAAAACACGGACGUGCUAGCGCCGCAAGCGACAAGGCUUCUCACAGACCCCCAGUCGACAGGGUCCCCACAACUCACCAGGAACAGGAGUAGAAAGAUAAGUCUGUCUGCGAAACAGAACCACGCGCUGAUGAGGAUUUCAGCGGCUGGUAGUGAGGACAGCGGGCUCGGGGACAGCCAGUCACAGCUCAACUUAGCUGUUCCCUCAUUGGAAGACAAGUCCUUGCAAAAGGAUGCUUCAGCAGUACAAGCCAAUGAAGACGUCGUCAAAUACAGAAGGGCGACAAAACAGCGACGGCGUAGACCGAAGAGCGAUCUGGGCUCCUGGGUUCAAAAACCUCCCGCGAAGUCGCGUCGGCCGUUGACGAUCCAUGGGACCCCCCACCAGGAAAGUAUCGAGGAGAACGAGGGAUCAGACGAGGAUAACACAGAGGAGAAGAGUUUGGACAAACUAACAUCUUUGAGAGAGGCUAUCAACCUUUUUACAGUGGACAGUCCAAAGUUAAACAGAAGGAAUACUGUGCACAACAUAGUUGGUUCACCAAAUCAUCCAGGCAAAGCUCUAAAAAUGUCUGGAAUGAACUCAACUAUAACAGAAGAGUCGACAACUCCAAGAGUUUACAAUCGGACUGUGAGUUCGUACAGUCCACCACUGGGCACUCCUGCCCUCAAACGCUCCCGUAGUACACCCUGCAGUCUAGAUAGGGCCGGAAGGAAAAGAAUACAUUCUCAAGCUGAAAAGGGGGCAGGCACGCCGCGAUUCUCCAAAGUGGCAGUCGAGCUAAGUUCCCCGUCAUCCGACUCGGAGGACAACGACAACGAACCGACCAGCGUGCCGUCCUCGCCAGCCGUCAACCGUCGCUCCAGUUUCACCGGGAUCCCGCCUGGUCAGGACAUUGACGAGAUGUUUGAUGAUGAAGAUGAGGUGACGUAUGCUGAAGCCCUGUGGGACCACGUCACCAUGGCCCCUGACGAGUUAGGCUUCAGGGCAGGGGAGGUGAUAGAAGUGACAGACCUCCACAACAGGGACUGGUGGUGGGGAUGUAUCGAGGACAGGGAAGGCUGGUUCCCUGCUGCAUUCGUUAGGUUGAGAGUGAACCAGGAGGACACAGUUGAAGACUAUGUAGCUAAGAUGAGACAGGGAACCAGUGUGAACCUGCGCAGGUACAGCGUGAGUUUCAGUCAGAACAAGGACCAGAUGAGGAGCAACGUGGUUAACGAGAUACUCAGCACAGAGAGAGACUACAUCGGACACCUCAGGGACAUCAUUGAGGGUUAUGUGAAGCAGUGCAGAAAGAGACCAGAGAUGUUCACCUGUGAAACCAUCAAGACAGUGUUUGGUAACAUAGAGCAGAUAUACGAGUUUCAAACUGGCUUCCUGAAAACCCUAGAGCACAGCAGUAGGCAAGACCUUCCACAUCUCAGUGAAGUCGGCAAAUGCUUUCUGCAACAUAGAGAAGGAUUUGAGAUCUACUCAGAGUACUGUAACAACCAUCCCCACGCUGUCACUGAGCUGAACCAAAUCACCAAGAGCAAGAAGUACAGACAUUUCUUCGAGGCUUGCAGACUACUUCAGAACAUGAUUGACCUUGCCUUGGACGGCUUCCUCCUGACUCCUGUGCAGAAGAUCUGUAAAUACCCCCUUCAGCUGGCCGAACUACUCAAGUACACCAAGCCUGAACACAGGGAUCAUGAAGAUGUGAAGGCGGCCCUGGAGGCCAUGAAAGACGUCGCUAACCUAAUUAACGAGAGGAAGCGACGGUUGGAGAACAUCGAUAAGAUUGCCGCCUGGCAACAGGAUGUUGAAGGCUGGGAGGGGGAAGAUGUACUGGAUAAGAGCUCCCAGCUGAUUUAUAACGGGGAUGUACGGGUCAUCACAGCAGCCAGGGGGAAGGUUCAGGACAGGACACUGUUCCUCUUCGACCACCAGAUGGUCUUCUGCAAAAAGGAUCUACUGAAAAGAGACAGUGUUGCAUAUAAAGAGAGGAUGUUGACUGGCCCGUGUCAAGUCAGACCUAUUCCUGAUGGAAAAGACAAAGAGUUCCAAACCUCGGUGAAGAAUGCUCUGAAACUCUACGACAUGGAGAAGGAGAAAACAUACAUCCUAUGUCUGAAGACUCCCGAGCAGAAGAUGCGCUGGGAAGAAGCCUUCCAGGAGGAGCGGGAGAAAGUAGCAGAGGAUAAGAAGAAAGGAUUUGAGAUCCCCCUGGAUGUAAGGAAGAACGCCAUGAACAAGUCAUUCCGCAACAAACCAAGCAAGCCUCGAGCAGACUAUCGACGCAUGUCAAAGAAGUAUGAGGUAUCAGAGCCGAGUCUUCAACACGUCUCUCUCCCAAGAGGUAUAUCAUCCAAAGAAGUCUUUGCAGAAGUGAAGCAAAAGCGCUCCAUCAUCCUUCCAUUCUUUAACUUUGCUACCAAGAAGUCAUCUAGGAAGGCUUCCGCACUGACUUAAGAAGUACUAAAAAAUAGAUUAGGG